GAAAAACUGCUACUAUAUUUGUUGGUUCAUGCAAAAACAGGUCUAUCUUUCAAGUUUCACAACAGAAGCAACAAAUGUCCUGUGACACACGUUGUGGAAAAAACGCCACACUUUACUCAUUUCAGUAGUCUGAACGAACUGCAAGGCCAGAAUCAAAACAGGCAUCUAAAAUGUCUGCCAGUCGCAUUCCUCAACUUGGCCUCAAAAUACGGCAGUUUGGGCUGCGAUUUUCUGGAGCCAAAAGAGUAACAUGUGGUCUAGGUUUGUUGGGGUCUCGAGAAGGAAGGAAACUUGGCCUAGCCACCGCUGCACGCUGUUGCUCGUCGUCCAGUUUCAGCAUUAAAGAGAUUCUUCCACCACAAGAUGCGUUUGCCCAAAGACACAUUGGCCCAAGAAAGAGCGAGAGGGAUGAUAUGCUCCGUUUCUUGGAGCUUGAGAAUAUCAAUGAUUUGAUAAACUUGACUGUGCCUGAAACAAUAAGGCUGCAAAAUGAAUUGAGUCUUGACAAUCCGCUUAGUGAACAAGAAUGUCUGGCAAGGCUGAGAGACUUUGGCAGGAAAAACCAGGUGUGGAGAUCCUACAUAGGAAUGGGCUACUAUAACUGCAUAGUUCCUACAAGUAUAUUAAGGGAUGUUCUGGAGAACAAGGGAUGGACAACCCAAUACACUCCUUACCAACCUGAAAUUGCACAAGGACGUCUCGAAUGUCUUUUGAACUAUCAGACAAUGGUGUCAGAUUUAACAGCACUUGAUAUGGCAAAUUCAUCACUGCUGGAUGAAGCAACAGCAGCUGCUGAGGCAAUGGCAUUGGCCCAUCGAUUUAACAAGAAGAGAAAGUUCUAUGUUGAUCAGAACUGUCAUCCACAGACUAUUGCACUGGUGAAAACAAGGGCAAGGACAACUGGCAAAGGCGUUGAAGUUAUUGUUGGUGAUUGGAGAUCGUUCGAUUUCUCAGCAAAAGAUAUUUCUGGCGUUCUCUUUCAAUACCCUGACACAAAUGGCCUCCUGGAGGAUUUUUCCGACCUCGUUUCUGCUGCCCAUGCAGGAAAUGCCCUUGCUAUCUGUGCAACUGAUUUGCUGGCAUUAACAAUGAUAAGACCCCCAGGAGAGUUUGGAUGUGACGUAGCAGUUGGCAGCAGUCAGCGUUUUGGAGUGCCAUUGGGAUAUGGUGGGCCACAUGCAGCUUUUUUUGCGGUUCGGGAUAAACUCAAAAGAAUGAUGCCUGGAAGAGUUAUCGGAAUCUCAAAGGAUUCAUCGGGUAACCCUUGUUACCGACUGGCACUGCAAACAAGAGAGCAACACAUAAGACGUGACAAGGCUACAAGCAACAUAUGCACAGCGCAGGCGUUGCUGGCAAAUAUGAGUGCACUCUUCGCGAUUUACCAUGGCCCCAAUGGUUUAAAGAAUAUAGCUACUCGUGUCCAUAAUGCAGCUUUGAUUUUGCACGAAGGACUCGAAAAAGUUGGGCGUCAUGUUGAAGAAGGGCUCUAUUUCGACACAUUAAAGGUUAAAGGUACACCCGAAGAUGUGCAAAACAUUAUAAAACGAGCUAGGGAAAGAAACGUCAACUUGAGAAAGUUUGACAGCGAAACGAUUGGAGUUUCCAUGGAUGAAACUAUAACAGAGCAGGAUCUUGACGAUUUGCUGUGGACGUUCGGAAGCACUGCUUCUUCAGCACUGGUGGCUUCAAACAUGGAUAAUCCUCCUGAAAAAAGCAUACAAAAUAGCACAUUUAGACGAAUGAGCGAGUAUCUCACACACCCAGUGUUCAACAGCUAUCAAUCAGAAACCAAUCUAACAAGGUACAUGAAGGCGUUAGAGAAUAAAGAUUUGUCGCUGGUUCAUGCAAUGAUACCGCUGGGAUCCUGCACAAUGAAACUCAACAGCACCACUGAAAUGAUGGCAAUCACAUGGCCAAAGUUCACAAACAUUCAUCCUUUUGCUCCGAAAGAGCAAGCAGAGGGCUAUUACGAGUUGUUUAGAGAAUUGGCAAAAGACUUGGCCGAAAUAACUGGGAUGGACGGCACAUCGCUGCAGCCUAAUAGCGGUGCUCAAGGAGAAUACACUGGUCUUAUGUGCAUCAGCGCUUAUUUGAAAGACAAAGGAGAAGGACAUCGCAAUGUCUGCAUAAUUCCAACGUCGGCCCAUGGAACGAAUCCUGCGAGCGCACACAUGGCUGGCUUCAAUGUGGAGUACGUGAAUACAGACAAAGUCGGUGGAAUCGAUCUUGACGAUUUGAAAAAGAAGGUUGAGAAGAAUAAAGAUAAGCUAGCAGCAAUUAUGGUAACAUACCCAUCAACAAGUGGCGUCUUUGAAGAAUUCAUUCGAGAAAUUUGUGACAUGGUUCAUGCAUAUGGUGGACAGGUGUACUUAGACGGAGCAAAUAUGAAUGCCCAGGUUGGGCUUUGUCGUCCUGGCGAUUAUGGUGCUGACGUAUGCCAUUUGAACUUGCACAAGACUUUCUGCAUUCCUCAUGGCGGUGGAGGUCCAGGAAUGGGACCAAUCUGUGUGAAGAAGCAUCUUGUGCCAUAUUUGCCGACGCAUCCGAUUGUUCCCCCUGAAGGGACAAGCGAAGAAGGCUCAAAACCUUUCGGGGUCAUUUCCGCCGCUCCUUAUGGUUCUAGUGCAAUUCUGACGAUUCCUUGGGCAUACAUAAAGAUGAUGGGUCCCAAAGGGCUUAGAAAGGCCUCUCAGCUUGCUAUCCUAAACGCCAACUACAUGGCCGCUCGCCUCGAUCAUGACUUUGACAUCAGAUUCAGAGGAAAGAAUGGGUACUGCGCACAUGAGUUUAUUAUAGACUGCAAAAGGUUCAAGCCCUCUGCUGGCAUCGAGCCUAUCGACAUCGCAAAACGAUUGCAGGACUAUGGUUUUCACGCUCCAACUAUGGCCUGGCCAAUCCCUACUGCACUCAUGAUCGAGCCAACAGAAUCAGAAAACAAGGCUGAAAUGGACAGACUUUGCGAUUCGUUGCUAUCAAUAAGAGAAGAAAUUCGAGAUAUAGAAGAAGGGAGGAUGGAUAGAAAAAAUAACCCAUUGAAGAAUGCUCCUCACACACAACAAGUAUUGACAGAUGAAGAAUGGACUAGGCCGUACAGCCGAACAGUGGCUGCUUUUCCUGCGCCUUGGCAAAAGACGUCAAAAUUCUGGCCUACCUGUGGACGUGUUGAUGAUGUUCAUGGUGAUUCCCAUCUUAUUUGCAUAUGUCCACCAAUAGAACCAGAUGAGUACCAAAAAACGCAAAGUUCAAUCUGAGUGAUAUAUUUAAAGGAUCCUAAUUACUGGUAAGGGAACUUAGAUUUAUCUUUGCAAGCACAAUUUCUCUGCAUGCAUCCAGACCUUAGACAACUUUUUAAAUUGGUAUGUGUUUCCAAAAAAGUUCACACAAUUGUAAAGGUACCCAUUACUUCCCUUUUGAUGAAAAACAUACUAAAGGAAAAUUAUCUAAUUCUCUUUUCUUCAUUCAAAUGCCCAAUUGAAGUAUUUUUUCAACGCACUCCAUAUUUUCAAUUUUCCCUCCAAAUCCCGUGCUUCUCACUCCGAAUCUCAAAAUUUACUUAAAAUCGUUUUUUGAUAGAAAUGUAGAAAAGUUUCUAGCCAACUUGAGGCUUAUACGAUUUUCCAAAACGUAAUGAUCUUAGUUAUUACAGAAUUAUAAAGCCUCUGAUAAAGAAUUGGUGGAAUAUACAAUUACAUUUUACUUCUUAAUAUCAUGUAUCAUGGAUUGCUAAUGUCAUUACUAUGCAUUUAAACCUAAUUUCGCAUUUAUUGAAUCGUUCGUACUACGGCUGGCCUUAUACUUAAGCUGGUGUUUAUUUCCUACUAUACGGCAAGUCUUAUACUUAUACCAAACCGGUGUUUGCCAUUCAUUGUCAGUAGGCCAUAGCCACGACAUAUAGAUUUUACAUGCUUCCCAACUAGCGUUGUCAAUUCUUUAUCUUCAUAUAUUCCAAAAAUGGAUCAUAGAAUUGGAAUCUUCUUGUUGAAAUUAGUUUGUGCCGAAAUUUCAUGUUGUUUGGACAGUAAGGCCAGAGAUUGUACCCUCUUCGAAAUUUAGCUUUUCUUGCACAUUUCAGUAAAUGUUUUCAAUGCAGCAGCCAAUUUCGAUCAAAGCUUUACUAAUUUCAACAACACGAUUUCAAAUCUGAGGUCCUUUUUUGAGAAAAGUCUGUAGAAAGCCAUAUGCACAAUCAAUGAUGUAAACUCGGUACCGAGAAUGGCGGAUAUGCUAACAUUUUGACAUAUUUUCAAGUCAUUCUGUACAACAAUAUUAGUUUAGGAUAUAGAUGCGUAGAUGAUAUAGUUUUCCUUUUUGCUAAGCUAUGAACUCAUAUUUAAGACAUCCCCUAGCUCUUGGAAACCAUACCAAUAAUUGUUUCAUGUAUUCACAUGUUCCCAUAUUUAGGCAUACAAAUUGUGGGUGAACUAACGUAGGAUAUAGAUGCGUAGAUGAUAUAGUUUCCCUUUUUGCUAAGCUAUGAACUCAUAUUUAAGACAUCCCCUAGCUCUUGGAAACCAUACCAAUAAUUGUUUCAUGUAUUCACAUGUUCCCAUAUUUAAGCAUACAAAUUGUGGGUGAACUAACGUUAGUAGUGUUAAUUGAAAUUGCAGUUUGUUUGGUAGUGUGUUCCAAUUAUUAAUUUUUAACGGGUGAUAGCAAUUUCCAUAUAAAGAUUCAUUAUUUGUGGCAAAUUAUUGUUUUUAGAAUUUC